AUGUGUGCGCCGGUCUCCACGGGAGACACACAGUCUCGUGUCGAGCUACGUGAAGUCGGCGCUCGUGUCGUGUCGGGAGUGCGAGUGCGAGUGAUUGGCGGCCUUCCAAAAGCUGCCAGUCGAGAAGAGGCGUGUCGCUGUCCAUGCAUGAAUCGAUGCCGUCUCGUCGUCGUCGUCGUUGCACCAGCAGCAGCAGUAGCAGCAGCAGCAGCAGUAACUGCACCUGAAUCGAUCCGAUGUGCUGAGUUCCAUCCACCACCACCAUAA